AACCCGAACGGGAAGAUGGAGGAGGCGGGCGGUUUCCUUCCCGCCAUUUCCUCCCCACCCACCCUUCCCCUCGGUCAUGGCCACCACCCAAGCACCCGCGCUAUAGAAUUCUCAGGUCGCUUCCUUCGUCUCGUCCUACGGCUCCACAUCCCCCAUCGCCCUCAUCCUCUCCGGGGGGACGGACGCCGCUGCCCCUCCGCCGCCCCGUCGCCAUGGGCAACUGCUGCCCGGGCUCCGGGGAUGCGGAGCCCGCCCCGGCUGCCUCCGCCGACCCUUCCUCCCGCCUCCACUCCGGCGGCACGUCCCUCAAGGCCGGCGCCUCGGUCAGCUCGGCCCCCACGCCCACCAAGCCGCCCGCGCCCAUCGGCCCGGUCCUGGGACGGCCCAUGGAGGACGUGCGCAGCAUCUACACCGUGGGCAAGGAGCUCGGACGUGGCCAGUUCGGCGUCACCAGCCUGUGCACGCACAAGGCCACCGGGGAGCGCUUCGCGUGCAAGACCAUCGCCAAGCGGAAGCUGUCCACCAAGGAAGACGUAGAGGACGUGCGGCGCGAGGUGCAGAUCAUGUACCACCUGGCCGGGCAGCCCAACAUCGUGGAGCUCAAGGGCGCCUACGAGGACAAGCAGUCGGUGCACCUCGUCAUGGAGCUCUGCGCCGGCGGGGAGCUCUUCGACCGCAUCAUCGCCAAGGGCAAGUACACGGAGCGCGCCGCCGCGUCCCUGCUCCGCACCAUCGUGGAGAUCGUGCACACCUGCCACUCCAUGGGCGUCAUCCACCGCGACCUCAAGCCCGAGAACUUCCUCCUCCUCAGCAAGGACGAUAACGCGCCGCUCAAGGCCACCGACUUCGGCCUGUCCGUCUUCUUCAAGCAGGGGGAGGUGUUCAAGGACAUCGUCGGCAGCGCCUACUACAUCGCUCCGGAGGUGCUGAAGAGGAACUACGGCCCCGAGGCGGACAUCUGGAGCAUCGGCGUCAUCGUCUACAUCCUCCUCUGCGGAGUUCCGCCCUUCUGGGCCGAAUCCGAGCACGGCAUCUUCAACUCCAUCCUCAGGGGACAGGUGGACUUCACAAGCGACCCGUGGCCGCGCAUUUCUCCGAGCGCGAAGGACCUCGUCAGGAAGAUGCUCACCUCUGACCCCAAGAAGAGGAUCUCUGCCUACGACGUCCUCAACCAUCCUUGGAUCAAGGAAGAUGGCGAAGCGCCUGACACGCCACUGGACAACGCUGUCAUGAACAGGCUGAAGCAGUUCAAGGCGAUGAACCAGUUCAAGAAAGCCGCGCUGAGGGUCAUCGCCGGGUGCCUGUCGGAGGAGGAGAUCAGGGGUCUGAAGGAGAUGUUCAAGAGCAUGGACGCCGACAACAGCGGCACCAUCACCGUGGACGAGCUGCGGCGAGGGCUGGCCAAGCAGGGCACCAAGCUCAGCGAGGCGGAAGUGGAGCAGCUGAUGGCGGCCGCGGACGCGGACGGGAACGGCACGAUCGACUACGAGGAGUUCAUCACCGCGACGAUGCACAUGAACAGGAUGGACAGGGAGGAGCACCUGUACACCGCGUUCCAGUACUUCGACAAGGACGGCAGCGGGUGCAUUUCCAAGGAGGAGCUGGAGCAGGCGCUCAAGGAGAAGGGGCUCCUGGACGGCAGGGACAUCAAGGACAUCAUCUCGGAGGUGGACGCCGACAACGACGGGAGGAUCGACUACAGCGAGUUCGUGGCGAUGAUGAGGAAAGGGACGGCCGAGCAGAACCCCAAGAAGCGGCGCGACGUCGUGUUGUAGCCUGUACGUAGGAACAGAGCAGUGAGAGAGCUAGCUGCUGACCGACCCAUGAGCAUGAGUGGCCAAACAGGCGGUGGUUCGUGUAUAUAUCUAAUGGUAAUGGAUCGGCGUCGAGCGGCUGAUGCCAUUGCCACGGCCGAGAGAGCAAGGCACUGGCAGCCAGACCCCAAGCAUGCACGGUGAGCUGGGUGGAGCCUGGACUGGAGGAGCCAGGGACCCUUUGACAAUGUAAAGUAAACUAUGGGAUGAUGAAAGGAUGCACGCGCUCGCACCGUACGUUAUUGACAACGACCUCUCGACGUGCAAUGGCCAUGGACUGUGUAUAUACAUGCAUACCUUCAGAUGUGUAACUUGAGGGAAUAGCAGAAAUCUAGAUCUAAUAUGUGUUCAGUAAAGGGGCACGUUUGAUACACACAGAGAGAAGUAACUCACUAGACAUCUGCACAUUAGCACAUAUAUAUACAUGGAAAAGGAUUAGAUUCAGCCAACACAAUCAAGCUGUUCUCUACAAACAUGUAGCUUCUCUAGCUAUGCAAGCCGAGAGAGAGAGAGAAAUCGUGUCAAAGUGACAAGGUGAAAGAACAUCUCUGUCAAGGUGUUGUUUUAGCAUAAAAACUAGUAAGUUGGUCGGUGUAAAUAAUACGAAUGUCUAGUUUCUUUAUUCUCUCAAAGGUACUUUUUUCCAAUACA